UGGCGUCUGACGGUGAAGACGUUAUUGCAGUCGUCACAGUUCAGUGUUCUUAAUCUGUGCGUCCAUGUACACAUAUAUGUCCUUUAUUACACUCUAUUAAAUAGAGUAAACAUCGUUAAUAACUGUUCGCAUUCGGUUAUAUUAGUCUGAGCGCACGUUGAUGCUUCUCGAGCUAGCUUAGCUUGCUAGUUAGCUUAGCGUGUUAGCUGCUAACAAAGAGAGGCGGAAGUGAUGAAAACACAUCGCUAAGCAGAGAUCAAGUGUGAGUGUAAAGUGUUGUGAUUGUGUGAAAAUGUGCGAAAGAACGAUAGCAGAGUACGAGGAGGAACUUUGUCCAACAAAAGAGGAGAAGGAGCGACAACAUGAAAAACAUCAAGUUGUGUUACACAGAACAGACGUCUGUGAAGAACAUCUUCACCCUGAGCAACAGAAGUGGAGCUUCAGGAUGCGGACGGAGGAGCCACAGCCCUCCCACAUUAAGAAGGAAGAGGAAUGCCCACUGAUCCAUCAUUUUAAAAAGGAAGAGGAGGACCCACCGACACCCCAUUUUAAAGAGGAAACAGUGGAUCCACUGAACCCUCACAUAAAGGAGGAAGAGGAGGACCCACUGAGCCCUCACAUUAAAGAGGAAGAGGAGGAACACAGCAUCAGUCAGCAGGGAGAGCAUCUUGAAGGACUGGAGGAGGUUGAUGUCACCAAGAUGCCAGUGACUGGUGUCCCUGUGAAGAGUGAAGGUGAUGAGGUCAAAGGUGAGAGUGAGGAGAAGAGAGAGGCGGAGCCUCCAAGCAGCAGCUCAACUCAACACAUGACAACAGAAGCUGAUGGAGACCACUGUGGAGGAUCACAAGCAGACAAGCUCUUAGCUCCACUAUCAGAUAGUGAGGACACAACGUCACACUCUCCUGACACUGAUGAUGAAGACUCUAAAGAUGAUAAGACAUGUCACACUGACAACACACACUUCUCAUGUUCUCACUGUGACAAAACUUUUAAAACUCCUAGUAAAUUGAAAAGACACAUGAGAACACACACUGGAGAAAAACCUUUUUCGUGUUCAAUCUGCGGUAAAGAUUUUAGUCAUAAGCACGAUUUGAAAAGACACAUGGUAAUACACACUGGAGAAAAACCUUUUACCUGCUCAGAAUGCGGUAGAGAUUUUAGUCUAAAACGAGUGCUGAUAGAACAUAUGAGAAUACACACUGGAGAAAAACCUUUUACCUGCUCAGAAUGCGGUAGAGAUUUUAGUCUAAAACGAGUGCUGAUAGAACAUAUGAGAAUACACACUGGAGAAAAACCUUUUACCUGCUCAGAAUGCGGUAGAGAUUUUAGACUAAAACAAAUGCUGAAAGAACACAUGAGAAUACACACUGGAGAAAAACCAUUCAUGUGCUCAAUUUGUAGUAAAGGUUUCCCCCAGAAGGGAAAUCUGAUACGACACACAAAAACACACACUGGAGAAAAACCUUUUUCAUGUUCAAUCUGUGGUAAAGAUUUUAUUCAAAGGGAACAUUUCAAAGCACACAUGAGAAGACACACAGGGGAAAGACCUUUUUCAUGUUCAAUCUGCGGUACAGAUUUUACACGAAGGGAACAUUUCAAAGAACACAUGAUAAUACACACUGGAGAAAAACCUUUUACCUGCUCAGAAUGUGGUAACGCUUUUGGACGAAGAAGCAGUUUGAAAGCACACAUGAGAAUACACACUGGAGAAAAAAAAAAUUCUUGUUCAAUCUGCGGGAAAGGUUUUGUAAGAAGUCAGUGUUUAAAAGAACACAUGAGAACACACACUGGAGAAAAACCUUUUUCCUGCUUAGAAUGUGGUAAAGCUUUUAUACGAAGAAGCCUUAUGAAAGUACACAUGAGAAUACACACUGGAGAAAAACCUUUUUCCUGCUCAGAAUGUGGUAAAAGUUUUAUAAUAAGUCAAAGUUUAAAAAAUCACAUGAGAACGCACUCUGGUAAAAAACCAUAUUCCUGUUCAAGCUGCUACAAAAGCUUUCGUCACAUAGACACUCUUACAGCACACAUGAGAACACACACAGGAGAGAAAGUGUUGAGUUGCAGUGUGUGUGGUGAAAGAUUCUCCUAUAAGUACCAGUGUAAGAAACACAAGUGUGCUGGUGAGAACAGCAGCAGCAAAUGAAGAUGCAGGAUUUGAAAUAAACUGUCAAAACUUAACGUUGACCUUCUAACAAAAUCAGCACAUAGAUUCUAACAUUUAUAGAUUAGAUAUUUUAGAUUAUUGCUUUUAUCAGUCAAGUACAUGUUUUAAUAUACAACAUUGUGUACUUUUAUUUAAAAAUGAACACAACACUUUGACUGUAAAGGUGAGAAUAAAAAGGACAAAAUGUGUUACAAAUACAUUUUAUGUGUAUAGAGAUAUUUAGAAAUCAUUUUUAAUGUUUAAUGAUGUUAUAGAUGAACUCUAUAUGAUGUACAUAUUUGUUUUACAUGUGUUCAUACCUUUGCUUUUGAGUACACAUAAAUCCCUCUUAGUUCAUAUUUACUGGUUCACAUCUGAAACAUCUUCUGGACCACUUCUGGAAGCAUAUUAUUAUUUACUUUAUACAUCAUUUGAACAGUUGUGUUUUAUACAAGAUCAUUUACUUUUAAAAUGUGUGACUUUAUUAAUCAUUUGUUGGGUCUCAAUAAUCUAAUUCUAUUAAUUAUCUUUAUUACUGUCUUUUGUAAUAUGAAUAUUGUUUUAUAUGUAUGUCCCCUUUAUGUAAUAUGUAGAUUAGAGAAAAUGGCAACAUUAUAUGUGGAAGGUUAUGAAGGAUAGUUUUGUUUUUAGUAAUCUACAUUUCUUAUUAAAAAACUA